AUGGAUCAUAUGAAAAUAAACUUCACAGUGACUGAGUUUGUGUUCCUGGGGCUUUCAUCUGAUCCCAAGAUACAGUUGGUUCUCUUUUUUGUAUUCUUGUUUUUCUACAUAUUUUCAGUCGUGGGAAAUAUCAUCAUCAUCACUAUUAUCCAGAUAGAGCCUCGCCUACAAACCCCCAUGUACUUCUUCCUCACUAACUUGUCCUUUCUGGACAUAUGUUACACAUCCACCAAUGUCCCACAGAUGCUUUCCAACAUGAUGGGGAGUAAGAAGACCAUCCCAUUUGCCAGCUGUGCUACCCAGAUGUACUUCUCCCUGUCUUUUGGGAUGAUUGAAUGUGUUCUUCUUGGUGUCAUGGCUUAUGACAGAUAUGUAGCCAUUUGUCACCCUCUUCAUUAUACUAUUAUUAUGGAUCAAAACACUUGUGUUCAAUUGGCAGCCAUUUCUUGGUCCAGUAGCUUCCUGAGUUCCAUGGUUAUCAAUGUUCUCACUUUGAGUUUGCCCUACUGUGGACCAAAUGUCCUGAAUCACUUUUUCUGUGAGGUUCCUUCAGUUCUGAGACUGGCUUGUACUGACACUUCACUCACUGAGCUGGUGGUUUUUGUAUUCAGUAUUAUCAUCGUGUUCAUUCCUUUCCUUCUCAUUAUUGUUUCCUAUGCCCGUAUCCUUCUUUCUGUUCUCAGGAUGCGGUCAGCCUCUGGGAGGCACAAGGCUCUGUCUACCUGUGCCUCCCAUCUCACAGUUGUAACCUUAUUCUAUGGAACUGCCAUCUUCAUGUACAUGAGACCACAGUCGAAAUCUUCCAGGGCUGGUGGCAAAGUCAUUGCUGUGUUCUAUACUGUAGUGACACCUAUGCUUAACCCAUUAAUAUACAGCCUAAGGAAUCAGGAUGUAAAAGGGUCUCUGAGGAGAGCUAUCACAAAACAAAACAUGUAAAAAUCUAUGAAGGGACCAUAAGCUCAGCUGUUAUUCUAAGAUAAUUACCAGCUAAGUCUAGAGAUGAGAGAAUGAAAAAUACUUGUAUCUCGAGUUGUUUUGUGGGCCUUCAAAGAAA